UGGUGUCUGAUGAAAGUGGGAGGACCUUGCAUUUUAGAAGAGGAGGGUCUCCGUGUCCUGAGUUGGCAAAAAUUCUCGCUGCUGGGCAUGAGUUGGGAAAUAACAUGCAUCACUAUCCAGACAUGUCAGAGAAGUGCUCCUACUCUUUCCUAACCUGUCUAUAAUUUAUUUGGUUCAGACACUGUGCAUCUUGGCAUACCGAAGUGAAAUAUUUGUCAACUGGAACAAACUAGGACACUGGAAAAAAGGCAGGCAUUGAGUGUAGCUAACUGGAGGGCUCAUGGAAGCAACAGCAAUGAAGACAAGCGUGGGACUCUUGGCACUUCUGGUCGGAAUCCUGAUGCCAGUAUGUUUAGGAAGCCCAAAUAAAGAUGACAUGCAAGUUAUCGAUCUCCUGAAGUUGAACGACAUGAAGUUGAUGGAAGCGGCACUGGAAAACAUUGUAACAGCCACGUGGACUGUUAAUGAGAUGUAUAUAGUUGCGACCAUUAAACUGCCCCCUAAGCUAGGAGGGGUGCUGUUUGGAAUUUACUCAAAGAAGGACAAUAUCAAGUACCUGGAAGCUGCUUUACUAGGGAAGAUUAACAAAGCUGUUCUGAGAUAUACCCGAGAAGAUGGCAAAGUUCAGGUGGUCAACCUUCAGAAUGCUAACGUAGCAGAUGGUAGGCUCCACUCACUGAUUAUGCGAAUCAGUGGACUGUCUCGUGGCCCCCUUAGUGUGGAGAUGUAUGUGGAUUGUAAACAGGCAGAUUAUGUUACAGGACUCCCUGGAAUGCCCAGCAUGUCUCCAGAAGACUUAGACAGCUUGGAAAUUCGAAGUGGUCAUAAAGCCUAUGCCAAAAUGCAGGGUUCUAUAGAAGAUUUAAAGUUUAUUUUAGGUGGUUCACCUGUAAAAAUUGCAGCGCUGACAGAUUGUCCCUUCCUAGGAGAGGAUAACAUUCAAAAUUCAGUAAACGGUGGUAUGAAUUCCAUUCUUGGUGAACAAACCAAAAUGCUGAUUACCCAAAUGAUGCUUUUUAACCAGGUGCUUCGUGAAUUAAGGGAGGAUAUUCGAGAACAACUGAAGGAGAUGGCCUUAAUAAGAAACACAAUCCUUGAGUGUCAAGUUUGUGGUUUCCACGAACAGCGUUCUAGGUGUAAUCCAAAUCCUUGUUUUAAGGGUGUGGAGUGCGUAGAGACAUAUGACUUUCCUGGUUAUCGCUGUGGCUCUUGCCCACCUGGAUUCCUCGGCAAUGGGACUCACUGUACUGAUAUCGAUGAGUGUGCACAUGCAAACCCUUGUUUCUAUGGAUCAAAAUGCAUAAACAUGGCUCCAGGAUUUCAGUGUGAGCCAUGUCCUCCUGGGUAUAAAGGAAACAUGGUGUCUGGAAUUGGAAUCGAGCAUGCUAAGUCCAGUAAGCAGGUCUGUACGGAUAUUGAUGAAUGUACCGAUGGCAACAAUGGUGGCUGUGUGACUAAUUCCAUUUGCACCAACACAAUUGGCUCAUUUUUCUGUGGAUCUUGUAAGGCUGGAUUUAUAGGGAAUCAAACUGUUGGCUGUGUCCCCAGAAGGUCCUGCAGCAGUGCCUUCUUUAACCUUUGUGAUGUUAAUGCACAGUGUGUUAUUGAAUGGAAUGGGGAUGUAUCAUGUGUUUGUAAAGUUGGCUGGGCUGGGAAUGGACAUGUCUGUGGAAUAGAUACUGAUAUUGAUGGCUACCCUGAUGAUCCUCUACCUUGUAUUGACAAUGACAAACACUGCAAGCAGGAUAACUGCAGGAUUACACCAAAUUCAGGCCAAGAAGAUGCAGAUAAUGAUGGCAUAGGUGAUCAGUGUGAUGACGAUGCAGAUGGAGAUGGAAUUAAGAAUGUUGAGGAUAACUGUAGACUGGUAUCAAACAAAGACCAGCAAAACUCUGAUACAGACUCCUUUGGUGAUGCUUGUGACAAUUGUCCAACUGUGCCCAACAAUGACCAGAAAGACACUGACAACAAUGGAGAAGGAGAUGCCUGUGACCACGACAUUGACGGAGAUGGUAUUCAAAAUACACUGGAUAACUGCCCGAAAGUACCCAACCCUUUGCAGACAGACAGGGAUAAUGACGGUGUUGGAGAUGCAUGUGACAGCUGUCCAGAAAUAAGCAAUCCUACUCAGACAGAUCGGGACAAUGACCUGGUUGGAGAUGUGUGUGACACAAAUGAAGACAGGGAUGGAGAUGGCCAUCAAGAUUCAAAGGACAACUGUCCAGACAUUCCUAACAGUUCCCAGCUAGAUUCGGAUAAUGACGGGCUUGGUGAUGACUGUGAUGAAGAUGAUGAUGAUGAUGGAAUUCCUGACUACAUACCUCCUGGCCCAGAUAAUUGCCGGCUAAUAGCUAAUCCUAACCAGAAAGACUCUGAUGGAAAUGGAAUAGGUGAUGUAUGUGAAGGUGAUUUUGAUAAUGAUAUGGUACUAGAUUUACUUGACGUUUGUCCUGAGAAUUCCGAGGUUACCCUCACAGACUUCAGAGCCUAUCAGACUGUGAUUCUGGAUCCAGAGGGAGAUGUGCAGAUAGACCCCAACUGGGUGGUCUUGAACCAGGGAAUGGAGAUUGUGCAGACCAUGAACAGUGAUCCAGGACUGGCUAUAGGAUACACCGCCUUCAAUGGUGUGGACUUUGAAGGAACAUUCCAUGUUAACACUGUUACAGAUGAUGACUAUGCUGGCUUUAUAUUUGGAUAUCAAGACAGCUCCAGCUUCUAUGUAGUUAUGUGGAAACAGACGGAACAGAUCUACUGGCAAGCAUCACCAUUCCGAGCUCUGGCAGAACCAGGACUGCAAUUAAAGGCUGUAAAGUCAAGCACAGGGCCAGGAGAGUAUCUACGUAAUGCCCUCUGGCAUACAGGUCAUACAGAGGAUCAGGUCAAGCUGCUGUGGAAAGAUCCACGCAAUACUGGCUGGAAGGACAAGACUUCCUAUCGCUGGAAACUAUUGCAUAGACCACAGGUUGGCUAUAUCAGAGUCAAGUUGUAUGAAGGUCCAGGCUUGGUAGCUGAUUCUGGAGUUAUUAUUGACACAUCAAUGAGGGGAGGACGUCUGGGAGUUUUCUGCUUUUCUCAGGAAAACAUAAUUUGGUCUAACCUACGUUACAGAUGUAAUGAUACGAUUCCCGAAGACUUUGAAUCUUAUCGAAAGACGAUGCUGUUUGACUAUUAAAAAUGGACUCAUGAAAUCAUAAGCUAUAUCAAAGAAAGAAAUCAGAACACAGUACUGGAAUAUCUCAUCUGCUCCAUAAGAAGACAGCAUAUGGAGAACCUUUUGGAAAUUUGUUUGUGGAAACUGCUUUUGGGAGAGACUGACAACUCCUCCUUGCUGCUCAAGCCAGAAAAGGUUCUCCAUUACUCGGACUGGAUUCAUUUCCCUAUUAAGCUAUUUGAGGCUGUUCUCUGGUCUGCAUAAAUGAUUUACUCCUACAUGACUGUCUAGUGCCUACUGUUCAUGUGGUAUUUGUUUUUAAUGUCAUCUACAUUUUGCUUGUAGUUGCUUAGUUCUCACACCACUGAAAUAUUUUGUAAGCACCCUGCUGGAACUGGUGAUCAUUACUUUUUUUUUCCUACUACAAAUGACACAGUUUGACUGCCAUUUACUUAUCUGUUUAGAUGAUGGCCUUUCACAUUAAUUGACUGGAGUUUAAUACAUUGUAUUCUUUUGGAGUAUGCUGAGUAGUCUUUGCUUAGGUAUCUAUCUACAACCAGCCUGCAAAAACCAGAAACUUGAAUAAAUGCUAAGCAUUUCUCAUAAACAGAAUCACAGCAAAAAUAAUAUUCAGAAAUGAGAAAAACUAUUUAGUUCAAAACAAGCACUGUUUAUGAGUUAGAGACAUGUUUACUCUACCCACAAUAUGAUAAUGUAGAGUUUUCUGCAGUCAGAGGAAUGGUCAUAAAAUGAUAUAGUAAGAUUUUCUGGGAGAAGUUAUUAGAGACUGAGAUGCGAUAGUAACUUGCCAAUUCAGCAGAAAAAAGACCCCAACCUUUUCAUCAUUAUAUACUUAAUGGAAUUUUUCUCUCUCACUGGCUAGUUAUGUCUAGUAGUCCAGUACUUCUUUCUGCCUGCUGCAAACAGUUGGAAGAGUGGGAGCUGCAGGCCAUCCAGAAAAUAACUGGCAAGUUGUAUGUGCCAUGUAGUCCUUAUCUGCUAUCAGAAAUCUGUCUUUCCAUGCUAUCUGUGGCUGCUUACCUGUUUGCCAUUACUGGGCAGGAUGGUGCUUUAGUAGUUACGUUUUCUACCUCGUAAUUCCAAGGUCUGGUGCACAGUACCGACCUCCAAUCAUUGCAUUUGUGGAGUUUGCAUGUUUUCCCUGUAGCUGGGUAAAUUUGCUCUGGGUAGCCCACGUUCCUCAAAUCUCAAAAAACAUGCUGAUUGGUUGCCUACUGCAAUGUUUCUAUAUGUAUUGUAGUUGCCAUUGUCCUGUUAUGGUCUAGGGCAUGUUUGAAAUGAGACCAAUAAAAAUCAUUUCACUUACUUGAUUAAGAAACAAACACAUUAAAAACAAAAACCUUUUCUUUCCAGUUUUUUGUCCCUCUCUUUAUCAUAGAUGUAGUAGUCAAACUAAAAUGUUUAUUUCCACUAGUUAUUAAAGUAAAAUCAAUCUGUCUAACUCCAUGUAACCAAUAUGAUUCAGUACAAAAAAGAAAUAUAUGCCCCAUUUGUUCAGUGGUAUAUUUGCGCUAUACAGAAAAUGUACAAAACACUGGCUUUUACCCUGAAAGUAGAAACAGUGGAAUAAUGAACAGUAAAUAAUAAUAAAAACUGAAUUAUACAUUUUGAUUCAUUUCGUGGUAGAACUGCCUGGGCAGUGGGUAGAUAAAGGGGACUUGGUGACAUUAGUGCUGUCAUCUGAUUUACUCGAGUGGGCUGAAAAGGUUUCUUAUGCACUGAGGACACGUGUAUAACUGUUUAAACUGUUUUCUUAAUUUUUCACAAAAGCACUGUUUGCAGUCAUAACGAUGAAACUUGUAAACCAAAGAAAUGAAAACAGAAAAUGUAAAGCAGUUAAAUAGUUAAGAAAGUAUCUUCUGCUGAAAACAACAAAGCAGCCCACAGACGACUAAUGAGAAAGAAAAAAAAAAUAGCUUUUUAAAUUUUUUUAUUUAACUAACUGGCAGCCAUGAAAAAUACACCAAGACAGGCAUGACCCAGUUUAAAUUAUGUAAAUAUAAAUAAUGAGAUCUUUAAUGUAGUACAUCUCAUAUCAUUCACCAACAACUAGUUUGGUAGGGCAGCAAAAGUUUAUACAGAGACCAUGGAAUGUAAGGUAAGGAAAGGUAUUGGCAAAUACACACAAGGCAAUGUAAAUUCAUUGAUACCUCAUGCUGUUAGAUGCUGGGAGACACAUUAAGAAAUAAGGAGGAACUGCAGGUACUUCCUUAAAAAGAGUUUGACCAAGUUUGCGUUUUGUAGGUCAGAGGAGGUUAGAGUACAAUGUUAUGGGUGAAGUGGGCAAUUGCAACAGUAAUCUAAAAGUAACUGAAGGCAAAUUCUUUAAUGCAGCAAACAGACACUAUUUCUCAGGUUUAGAAGAUGAUAUGUGGUUGAGAUAUGUUGCUGAUGGACUGCGAAGGUAGAAAGCUUAUAUUUCACUUGAUUUGAGAAGGCAAGAUUAUAGGAUAACAUGAUUAUGAGCAUUGCAAUAGAUGUAAGGGUACAGCAGGCAAAACUAAUAAAGGGUUAAAACAAGUAAAAGAGUGUGCUGUUUAAAAAGCACCUACGCGAAAUGGAGGUUAGUGGGCAGAAGCAAUGCAUAGUUAGUAUGCAUAAGUCAAACUGAUACUGUGAUGCUUGAAUCGUCAUGUUUAUUCACAAUAGAGGACUGGUCAGUGGUGUUUUGGGAGACUUGUAUGGCUAAUGGAAAGUAGGAUGAGCUGUAAUGAAGAGGAGCAAAUCUGACCAUAUUGUUAUGUCAGGUAUAUCAUGUCUACAAAGGGAAAAUGAAGUGACUUCUUGUUGUAAGUAAUUUACACUAGACAGUCAGUAAGAAGAAGAAGCAUUCAUCCAAUAUGUAUGCAAAGUUUGGUAAUGGCCAUCCCUGUAUUAAUUUGGUAAACUGGCUAUUAGAAGGUAACAAGGUAAUGAGGACACAUCUAGUGUGUGUGUGUGUGUGUGUGUGUGUGUGUGUGUGUGUGGGGGGGGUGACCUAGACAGUGCUUGCACAGCCCCAAAUGUAGCAUUAAUUUUGCCUUGACACAGAGGCUACAGCUAUUUUUGGAAAUGCUUUUCUCUAAUUAACUGACCUAAAACCAACACGAGUUAGCAAAUCUCUCUGAAGUCUUGGCUGGUCCUGAUGCAUUGUUCUUCUUAAGGAGCACACAAUGCAUUAAUCCGCAUUCAAUAUACAUGUCAUAUGUAGAGAGGACAGUGAGAAGGCGGUUUAUAAAGGUCGGCAGAAGGAAAUGACUGAUUAUUAAAAUGGGCUGCACUACUUAAGGUGAAAAAUGCUGGUGAAGUGGAGGUAGCAAACUACACUGAAUGGCAUUUAUUAAUGGGAAAGGAGGUGACUAAGAGGAAUGUGGGAGCAUUAGUAGUCUUAAGGAUUUACGUUUGUAUUUCAAAGAACAGGAAGUUAGGUGUACUGCUUGGACAGCAAAAAUGGCUGUAGGCUUUUGCUUUUUAGAGGAUAUGUCCUGUGAUAAGUCACUAGGAUUAAAUAUUGGAAUGUUAGUUUCUGAAAGCAGGCUAUUAUGAAGAGAUAAAGCCUUAUCCAUACAGGUAACAUAGACAACCUGGCUUGUACAAGUGAGUUUAGCAGUUUGCUGUUGAUUGAUCUUGAGCAGAAAAGAUGAUCAUUUAAGGAUUUAGUGCAGUAGUCCAACAAGAUACCUUUCAGGCUUAACAGACUGAGGCUGUAAAGAGAUAUUAAGUAUGUAGCAGAAAGAAGGUGAUAGCUGAUGUGGGCAUGUGCAGACAUACAAAGUGGGUCCUAGCUGUACUAGAUCUAGAAGUGUUUUUGUAUUAAAACCUGAAUGAACACCGUAAGUGAUGCAAAUAAAGCCGAGAUUACUAUUACAUAAAUCAAGGGAGUUGGGUGUUAUGGAAUUUUUUAAUGGAGAGAGUGGAAACUACCUGUAAUAUUUAAAGGUGAUAAAGAGUGAGUUAGAGAAUAUUUAGUAAUUAAAGUGUAUCAGAUCUCUAUAUUAUUUUGCUGCAAGGUAUACAUAUCGAUGAACCAUCAUCUACUUUUCUGACAAAAAAUUAUUUUUGGUUUUAAAAAACAUACUGGUCUUUGGUGAAUUAUAUGAAUCACUGUGAUAGUGCUGAAUAUUAAGUUUUCAUUUCAGUCUUUGGUGAAUUAUCCUAAUCAGUGUAGCAGUGCAGAAUAUUGUUUCAAAGCUGUCAGAUUUUAGCCCAUGCACAUAAGCUGCGUGAUGCUGACAGUAAGAGCAUCAUUAACGACAAAUGUAUUAUCUUGUGUUGAUCGCAAAUAGUCUAGCUUUAUAUGUUGAGAUCAAUUAUGUCUGCAAAGCAGUACACUAAGCAAUGCCAUCUUUUUCUGAAUCAGUAGAGUCAGGUACUCCUAAUGUUAUACAAUUGAUGGUACAGAACAAGUCUAAAGAAGGGUGCGUACUAGUUAUGUACCUACUUAGGACAACGAGUCAAGCAGGAGAUUCACAGAGCAGCCUUGUGCGACCUAAUGCAUCAUUUAUCCCAAAUUUCUAGCAGUGAUUCCUUUACCACACUCUUCUUGUAUGCUGUUCUGGCUGGUACACCUCUGUUGUUUCAUCUAAGGCAUUAAUUCCAAAAGCUUUGCUGUAAGCUACUCCAAGCUGUUCUCCUACAAUGUUUGCAGUUGAUUUAAUUGAUAUGCCAAGCCAAUUUUCGGGGAGUACCCAGAGAAAAAAAGCUCCUGACAUUGUCCUGCAUGCUAUAUAACAGAAAACAAUUUUAAGUAUUUAUGAUUACAGCAAAGUAAAAACAACAAACACUAGUGCCUCAAAUGUAACACAAGAACACAAUUAAACUAACUGAACUGUCCAGAAAUGUCAUGGCCAUCAGGGUGCUAGAAUUAGUAACCUGAGACAUGUGAUCAGUGGAGUCCACUGAACAUGUUUGUAGACCAUUUCUUCCAAUAACUUGCGUGUUGUGCUGCAGUAGCAUACCAGUCGUGAUGCAGAAAUCAUUUAGCCAAUCACACACUGUUUUACUUUGUAUUUUACAGGACAGCAGGUGCUAAAGUGAUGGAACAUAUUUAUAAACAGAGCAGAUGGUUGACUAAAUGUUAAUCUUGUAGAAAAACACCAUGCUACAAAGAAGAACUAAAGUGGCUUGUAAAUGGAAGGGAGAGAAAAAAAUGCAGUUUUGCGUGCAAUCAAAUCUUAAAAGGAUUUUGGAUAAAAUGUUUUAAAAUAUGCAAUAAUAUGUGUCAAAAUCAGAAGUGUGAAAUAAAAUAUUUGUACCAAAGAA